AUGUCAUCUCCCCAGGGCAGCAAGGCACCCACCAAUUGGGUGCUGACCGCGGACGCACUUAAUCAUGCUCUCCCUAACAUGUCCAUGGCUACGCGAGCUGUGCAUUCGGACGAUUUCUUCACCCCUCACCGUGCCAUCGCGCCAGGAAUGCAAGUCGCGGUGAACUAUCGCUACGCUCGCGACGCAGAGGACCUGAAGCAGGGCGACAACACAGAUCCCAAUGCUCCCGAGGACUCUCACGUCUACUCACGAUACACUAACCCAAACACGAGUCGACUGGAGAUGAUCUUGCGAAAUGUCUUCGGGGGCCAUGUUGUCACUUAUUCUAGUGGCCUCUCAGCAUUCCAUGCAUUGAUGGUCUGUGUCAACCCCAAACGUGUGUUCAUCGGUCAAGGCUACCACGGCAUUCAUGGAGUUAUUGAAAUCAUGUCCAAGUUGACUGGGGUCAAAAAGCUGACCCUGGAGGACCUCGAUCAACUUCAAGCCGGUGACAUCGUUCAUGUCGAGACGCCACUUAACCCUACCGGCGAGGCAGCCAACCUUGCCUACUACAGUGAGAAGGCUCGCGCGGCCGGGGCAUACCUCAGCGUUGACGCUACGUUCGCGCCGCCUCCGCUGCAAGAUCCACUUCAACUCGGGGCUGAUGUUGUAAUGCACAGUGGCACGAAGUACAUUGGUGGACAUUCCGACAUGCUCUGCGGUAUCCUUGUCAUCCAUCAGGAUCGUGUCAAGGAAGGCUGGGUCGAUACUCUUUACAAGGAGCGCCAAAUCAUUGGCUCAGUGAUGGGCAGCUUCGAAGGAUGGCUCGGUAUCCGAUCCGUACGCACUCUUCAACUUCGCGUGACUCGGCAGUCACAGACCUGCACAAACCUGGUCGCCUGGCUACUCCAAGAGAUGCAUCGAUCCAGAUCGGUAGUAAACCAAGCUGUUGCCGAGAUCCGCCAUGCCUCUUUGCAAACGGACGCUCUCAGCGAUGGCUGGCUCCAUAAUCAGAUGCCCGGUGGCUUUGGCGCUGUGUUUAGCUUGACAAUGAAGAGUCCCGAACAUUCGAAGAGAAUGCCGGGCCGAAUGUAUAUAUUCCAACAUGCAACAAGCUUGGGAGGCGUGGAGAGUUUGAUGGAAUGGCGGUCUAUGAGCGACUCGGGUUGCGACAAAAGACUGCUCCGAGUGAGCUGUGGAGUGGAGGACAUGGAGGAUCUGAAGGUGGACCUGGUUCAGGGUAUGGAAGUUCUGCUGAAGGAGUUUCCACUGGAUGCCUCUGCAUGA